UUGACAUCGAUCGCAUUCAGGAGGAACUUACGGUCAACUACACCUCCUACCUUGCUCUGACGAAGGGGUUUCUCCCUUUCUUUCAAGAAAAGUCGGAUAUGCCUACAUCUUUUAUCUUUACAUCAUCAAACCUCGCCCUGGUCCCGAUACUUCGGUGCUCUAACUAUUGUGCCAGCAAGGCAGCCCUUCACCACUGGAUUCUUUGUUUACGGGAACAGCUGAAGGAAACUAGGGUCAAAGUGGUUGAGAUAUUUCCUCCUUUGGUGGAAACCGAACUUCAUGACGCUAACCACCAACCCGACAUGACCAAAAACCGACCGGAGGGGAUUUCUGUGGACGAGUUCGCAGAUGAGACCAUGCAGAAGCUCAUCGCCGGCGACGACCAGAUCCCAGUCGGUUUUUCGAAAAUUGCAUUCAAUGGCUGGGAGCAGCAGCGGCAACAGGCAUUUGGGAGGGUUGUGGAGAUGAUGAGGAAUAGCGGUAAUUGAUGAUCUACAGUUG